UUUCUUAUUAUUAAAAAGAAUAAUAGCUUAUAUCUGAUCAAUAAUGCUCAAAAAUAUAAUAAGUAUAGCUUCAAGAAUGCUUUUAUACUGCUUAUCUCAGAUGAAUUCUCGGAGAAGUUCGCUAUAUAUAAGAUUCUUUUACUGCUUAACUUCUUUUCUGAAUAUAAUCAAGUAUAA